GGAAAGUCGGGCUAAACAGCAUUCAGUUUGUGUUCAGUAAUGCUUCAGGGUUUGUGUAAAGUGUAUAUACCUCUGGGUAGCUUUGUUGCGGUAGCCGAUAGAAUCACUGCAAGCAAGAGCUACUCCUCCAUCAGGACAGAAUGAGAGACCCACAGGAGUCUGCCAGGACAUCCAUCAGAACACCUUCUCGGAUGGUCUCUGAGCCUUGGUCAUCAGCUGCUGCACUAGUUUCCCAUCCUUGG